AUGGUUUCUCAGAAUGUUCCUCCCCGAGCGAAAGGAAGAGGUCCCUCCAUACAAGACGCAAUGCGGCUCCCCUCUGAAAGCCUGCUCCUCUUGCUCUCCUUCAUAGCAAUUUCGGCGAGCAGCCAGGUGGAGGCAGAAGACCAACAGUCUCUGCAACAGCAGCAGCAGCAGCAACAGGAUCAGUCGAAGCAGAACGAUGCCUCGGCCUCUGAUUCCGGCGAGGAUCUCGAAAUGGCCGCCUCAUCGAACGAGGACGCUUUCGCUGAUGCAGUGAACGCCGCUCUGCAUAGCGACAAACACGUCUCGUCUGAACACGAGCAGAAGGAAGCGGGUCACAUAAUUGAAAACAGAGUUCAGGCACCGCCUCAAUUCCAUCUCGGUUUUCCGUUCAACGCCCACGGCCUGAUCCACGCUCCGUCGAAUUUGAUCCCGCAACACGCUCCGCAGCCUCGAGGUGUGGGACAUUCGCAGCAAUUCGUCAAUGUCCAACACCACGCGCCCCAACCCUGGCCUCAGGAACAGCAACAUCUUCCACCCCCGGGAAUGCAUCAUCAUCCUCAAAACGGGUUGCCGGCUCCCGUCUUCCACCCCCAUCCGGUCCCAAUGGCUCAACAAGCUCACGCGCCGGUAUUCCAUCCCGAAGAACCCGUUCACCAUCACAACAUCGAGCCGCAAGCUCUGCCUGUCCACCACCAACCUGAAGCGCAGCAAAUCCAAGAGGAACCUUCGAAUAUCCAUCAUCAUGAGGAGCAUCACGAAGAGAUCCACGACAACGCUGUUGCGCCGAUUCCCGUCAAUCACCAACCUGCUCACAUUGACCCCGAAGAAGCCUGGCCGCUGUCUCAACCUGACAUGCCCAAAAUCGUUCACCUCGACGUCAAGUGUGAGAAGAAUCUCAUGAAGGUAGUUGUGGAGUUCGACCGGCCCUUCAACGGACUCAUUUUCUCUAAAGGACACUAUUCCUACGGAUCGUGCGUGCACCUUCCUGCUGGUAGCGGCAAGAAAUCCGUCUUUUUCGACAUCUCCAUAAACUCUUGUGGCACCGUCGGAAACGCUCAGAAUGGACUCUACGGACAGGAGGGCAAUACGGCCACGGGAUCGUUCUUCGAAAACACGAUCAUCAUUCAGUACGAUCACCAAGUACAGGAGGUCUGGGAUCAGGCUCGUAAAUUGCGCUGUACGUGGCACAACAACUAUGAGAAAGCUGUGACUUUCCGUCCAUUCCCCGUCGAUAUGCUCGAUGUCGUACGAGCCGAUUUCGCUGGAGACAAUGUCGGCUGCUGGAUGCAAAUCCAAGCCGGCAAGGGUCCAUGGGCCUCCGAAGUCGCCGGUAUCGUCAAGAUUGGACAGACAAUGACCAUGGUACUCGCUAUCAAGGACGACGAGAACAAGUUCGAUAUGUUGGUGCGCAACUGCAUCGCCCACGACGGACAGCGGGCUCCCAUCGAACUGGUCGACUCCAAGGGAUGCGUUGCCCGUCCGAAGCUCAUGUCACGAUUCACGAAAAUCAAGAACUUCGGAUCAUCGGCCACAGUCCUCUCAUACGCUCACUUCCAAGCCUUCAAGUUCCCCGAUACAAUGGAAGUACACUUCCAAUGCACCAUCCAGAUCUGCAGAUAUCAAUGUCCGGAACAAUGUGCACCGGAGGACCAGCACGCAGCAGCGGGCGAUCGUCAGAUAACUUACACGACUACGCUUUCCCGACAAGAGCGUGAUCUUGGUCGAUUCCGUCGCGAUAUCGCUCUCGAAGAGGGCGAGAAAGAUAUCGGUGUGUCGAAGAUCAUUCGAGUUCUGAGCGCCGGCGACGUUGACUUUAGCUUGGGUAACUCUACUCAGGAUCAAUCACUCGAAUUCACCCAAGAGGAGCUCAGCUCCAUGGUGUGCAUGUCCACACUGGGAUUCGCCUCGAUUUUGCUUUUGCUUCUGGUGGUCCUUGUGGUGACGUGUAUCAUGUGCGCUUUCUUAUACAUACGCCACAAACAGAGUCAAGCGCCUGUAUUCAAGAACUAUCCCCACGACCUGCCCGUCUUCACCAAGAAGCCCGCCCCGAAAGAAGCUCAACAGUAA